AAUCUGAAUAGCUUAGCAAAACCCAAAAGUUAUUGCUAUGAGACUGUGAGUGCUGAAGCUUUGAAUCUUUGAGCCAAAAGAAGUUAAAAUAAAAACACACACUUAUUGUUUAGUUCCCAAGCAACCAUGGCUUCUUCCACCUUAUGUUACAACUCUCUUAACGCUUUCUCAAGAACCACUCAAUUCUCAGUUCCAAUAAACAAAGACCUUCUUUUUCCACCAGAAACCUCACCUUCUCUAAGGAAACUUAACAAGAACAAAACGGUGCGUUUCACAGUUAAGGCCGCUACUACAUCGACUCCUACUCAAGCGAACGAAACGGCGUCGUAUGGAGGCUCUGGCUCUCAGAAGAGCAAACAGGUUCGGGUUCUCGUGGCGGGUGGAGGAAUCGGUGGAUUGGUUUUUGCUUUGGCUGCAAAGAGAAAAGGCUUCGAGGUAAUGGUGUUUGAGAAAGAUUUGAGUGCUGUGAGAGGAGAGGGGCAGUAUAGGGGUCCAAUUCAGAUUCAGAGUAACGCUUUGGCUGCUUUGGAAGCCAUUGAUUCCGAUGUCGCUGAAGAAGUUAUGAGAGUUGGUUGCGUUACCGGUGAUAGGAUUAACGGCCUCGUCGACGGAGUUUCUGGCUCUUGGUACGUCAAAUUCGAUACAUUCACUCCUGCAGUGGAACGUGGACUUCCAGUCACAAGGGUUAUUAGUCGAAUGACCUUACAGCAGAUUCUUGCCCGCGCAGUUGGGGAAGAUGUCAUUAUGAAUGAAAGUAAUGUUGUUAAUUUUGUGGAUGAUGGAAGCAAGGUAACAGUAGAGCUAGAGAAUGGUCAGAAAUACGAAGGAGAUCUCUUGGUUGGAGCAGAUGGGAUAUGGUCCAAGGUGAGGAAGCAAUUAUUUGGGCCAAAAGAAGCUGUUUACUCUGGCUAUACAUGUUAUACUGGUAUUGCAGAUUUCGUCCCUGCUGACAUCGAAUCUGUUGGGUACCGAGUAUUCUUGGGACACAAACAAUACUUUGUAUCUUCGGACGUUGGUGCUGGAAAGAUGCAAUGGUAUGCCUUUCACAAAGAGCCACCUGGUGGCGUUGAUAGUCCCAAUGGAAAGAAGGAAAGGUUGCUAAAGAUCUUUGAGGGUUGGUGUGACAAUGCAUUAGAUCUGAUACUGGCCACAGAAGAAGAGGCAAUUCUGCGACGAGACAUAUACGACAGGAUACCAACGUUAACAUGGGGAAAGGGUCGAGUUACUUUGCUUGGUGAUUCCGUCCAUGCUAUGCAGCCAAAUAUGGGCCAAGGAGGAUGCAUGGCUAUUGAGGACAGUUAUCAACUAGCAUGGGAGUUGGAGAAUGCAUGGGAGCAAAGUGUAAAAUCAGGGUCUCCAAUUGAUAUUGAUUCUUCCCUAAGGAGCUAUGAGAGAGAAAGAAGAUUUCGAGUUGCCAUUAUUCACGGAAUGGCAAGAAUGGCUGCUUUGAUGGCUUCCACCUACAAGGCAUAUUUGGGUGUUGGUCUUGGUCCUUUAGAGUUCUUGACCAAGUUCCGGAUACCACAUCCUGGAAGGGUUGGAGGAAGAUUUUUCGUCGACAUCAUGAUGCCUACUAUGUUGAGCUGGGUCUUAGGGGGCAACAGCUCUAAACUUGAAGGGAGACCAUUAAGCUGUAGGAUUUCAGACAAAGCAAAUGACCAAUUACGGCAAUGGUUUGAAGAUGAUGAUGCGCUUGAGCGUGCUAUUAACGGAGAGUGGAUUUUGUUACCAUGUGGAGAUGAAACAGGUCUUUCAAAACCUAUACGUUUGAAUCAAGAUGAGAUGAAGCCGUGUAUAAUCGGGAGUGCACCACCAGAAGAAUCUCCAGGUUGUUCAGUUACAAUACCUUCACCACAGGUUUCCGAAAUCCAUGCUCGAAUUAACUAUAAGGAUGGCCUAUUCUUUUUGACUGAUUUGCGGAGUGAACAUGGCACCUGGAUAACAGACAUUGAGGGAAAGCGAUAUCGGGUACCUCCAAAUUAUCCUGCACGUAUCCACCCGACUAAUGUUAUUGAAUUUGGUUCUACUAAGGCUUCGUUCCGCAUUAAGGUGACUAGAUCAGUACCAAGAAGAUCUGAGAAGAAAGGAGAACAAAUUCUGGUGAAAGUGUGAAUGGCUCUCUGUUUAGGUAAAUAUUUGUAAGUCAAAGAAAAUGUUAUACAGCCAAAGACUUAGAAUUGUAUAGCUUCUGUAUGCACUCUUUUUAGAAUAGAGUAUUUUGCAACGGCACCAAAUUGUUCAAUAAUUCUUAGGUAGUCGUUGGUUGUUGCCUCCCAUAUGUAAAAAGACAGUAUUUUAGAGAUUCAUAUUCUUAUAAUUUUGCAA